AUCAAUAUCGACUCAUUAAGAACGUCAACUUCGGGGGAGAAAGUGAUUUUACUUAUGAGUUCCACUGGCUGAUCACAAGUCAGUAGAAUAACAAUCACACAACAGUAAAAUAUCAGUAAAGAAGAAACUCGCCUGGAUUCGUCAAGAUGAAAACACUAUUUUUCAUCAUUCUGACCGUUCUUAUUACUAAUGGUAAGUCUUAUAACAUAAAUCACUGUUGAAGAGAUAUUUCGUGGUUCAAAGUCGAAGUUAGUGUUUCCUUACAGUUAGUUUUACAAUGAGAAAGCAACAAAUAUGCAGCUAUGCUCUGGUUGGUGUCGCGUACGUGUAUCAUGAGUCAGUGAUAAAAUCGUGGUUCGGUAACUAUCUCAAAACAGAGAUGAAUGAGAAUCUUGACGUUGCUGUCUUUGCCCAACCCCGAUUGUCCAAAGUUGAGACAAGUUAGAUGUCUAACCUAAACAAAGACAUAUUCUUGAUUAUGAAAUACUGGUAAUUACCACAAACCACGAGCAGAGCUGCAUUCUAUUACUCACAUACCGAAAUACUCCAAGGAAGUCUCUAAAACAACGGCAACCGUCCUAAUUUGUGUUAGGUUAUGAAAAACCAAAGGGCAACCGCAAAAUUAAAUAGCAAAUGAGCUCGUAAUCUCUCACGACUUGCCUCCAAAGAAAAACAGGAAUACCUUAUUGACUUAACAGUUCUCUAAAACAUUAUCCAAUUGAGUACGACACUCCUACAGCAAUACUCCUAUAAAAGAAUACGUAAAAUAUCAAUACUGCAUCCCUUAAGUUUGGCGUUUAUGUGUAAACUUUAUGGACAAUUUGCCCACUGAACCAGAAUCAUGUGCUCUCACUCAAGUAACAAAAAAUAGAUAGGACGAAAGUCUAUUAAAAAAAACAUUCUCAAGUUGUAUUUUGAUAGUACAUAAAAACAAGGGAAAUUUAAAAUUGAGAGGAAUACGUGUUUUUAAUCCCUCAUAAUUAGAUUGCAAAACUAAGAAACGGGAAGGCUACUCUUGUUGAUAACUAUGUCAACUUGCUACCCUCUGCAUUUUAUAUUAGCAUCAUUGUUUUGCCGAUUCAUCGGCAAUCAAAUACGUGUAAAAAUAUAAGCCUACGCGGUUUUUGUCCUAUCCAUGACAAAUUUAAAGUUAUUAAUAAAACGUCAUAUCAUUAUGCAAAACUUAUGAGAUUUUUGUAAUACUAAAUAUUACCGCUUUCAUCUAUAAUCACGCAUUUGUCACGAACGUGGGUAAUAGAAUGACCGGUUCAGUGACCUUAAAAAUUUUGUUGAUAAACUGGUUGACAUCACUUUAUUUGACUUUGUCUUUUUACUCAGCCCAGUAUUAUCCCAGACAUGAUGCACUUUAGUAUACUUUAAUCAUUUUUCGUAGGGAAUGCCCUUCAAUGCCGGUCGUGCUUUGCUCUAAAUAGUUGGGAAAACUGUGACAAGUUACAGUUCACGAUGACCUGUCCGCCCGGUUACGACCGUUGUGGAAAAGGUUAUGUAGAAAGAGAAGGUACUGGAAUUCAUAUCAAGGGCUACAGUAGAGGCUGUAUGAACGCCAAGCAGUGCAACCCUGCAACAAAUAACGCGUGUAAUCUGGAUGAUGGGUCAACAAAAGUCACCAAAUGUGAUAUCUACUGCUGCCACGGCUCCAUGUGCAAUGGAACCAAACUACCAAUGGUCAGCACCAUGAUGUUUUUGGCAUGCGUUUUUUUCUGUUUUCUUUUUUUUAUUUAGUUGAUUAAAAGGUGUGGUCAACCAUCUGAUAGUUUACAGUGGCGAUUCGUUACAUUUAAAAUUAUAUGUCAUAAUUCUUUUUCCAGUUGUUAUGAGCUCCAGCAAACUUUUUUUAUAUAGAGUUUCCUCAGUAAGACUGCUUUAGCAAAAACUGUCAACUGUCAUUGUAUCAAAUAGUUGCUGUUAUUUCAAGAAACGAAAAAAAAAAAGCGAUUAUCAUUAGCGAAUCAUAUGUCUUCUGUUGAUGAUCCUCGAGUAAACGCCCUUUAGAGUGAGAAGCAAAAGUAAAUCCAUGAUCUUGUUUAACGUCAGAACUAACAUUCCAUGCCGUCUGGAAUUUUAAAAGUCCCCUCAGCCUAAAGACCGUUUGUAAGAAGACGAGACUUUUCCGACUGUUAACCAUUUGUUAGAUUCUUUCAGUUUGAUCACUUCGCCAAUAGGUCAUUUUAGUGACGUAAUUAAAUAAUUUACGUAAUUUACAUAGAAAUAAAAAUACCCUUAAGCGACU